GUCGUAUCGCAACGGGUAGCGUCAGCGUGUCAAGUCGGCGGUCGGCGGUCGGCAGUCCGCAACGAACCACGAAGUAGAGAGCGCGCCACGUGCAGCAGCCGCACCGACGUGGCGUGAUGUCCACAGAAUAAAAAAGCCGGCCGUGCACCAAUUGAAAAGUGACAGUGCGUCAGUGAGAAGAAUUAUUUGUGCUCGGGAUUUUAUUCAGGACUCAUAACUUCAUAUCGACCCAACGACUUCGCCUCCAUUUUCAUUAAUAUUUUUUUUAUUUGCACAACAUUUUUAGAAGUGCAAGAAGUGGGAUGUCGUGACGGCUGAAGCUUAUUUUUUAUUUGUCAUCAGUAACAACCAAGAUGGCGUGGCUUCCUACGUAUACCUAUCUUCUUGCUGCAUCAAUUCUGCUAGCGCCAACGCUCGCGGCCGUCUGUCCCGAUAGCUGUGUUUGCAGCACUACACGCGACGGCCUUCACCGUGUCACCUGCAGCAAUCUUCUAGAACUUUACAAAUACACCCUUCGACAGAAGCAUCAUAACAUCAAUAUACUCGAUCUAUCACAUAACAACAUCACCAAAAUCACGCAUGAAUUGGAAAGGCUAACUGAAGUGGUUACAUUAGAUCUCUCUACUAAUGGCCUUAUGGAAAUAAAUAAAUUUUUGCACAACAUGAAAAAAUUAGUUCAUCUAAAUCUCGCUCAUAAUCGAUUACAAAGAAUUUCACUAACAUAUCUGCCAGUGAGUGUCAGCUCUUUGGAUUUAACUGGAAAUCACUUAACCGACGUGCCAUCUGAUUUAGCACAUUUGCCAAGCUUAGAACACUUAGAGUUGGAAGGAAAUCCACUAGACUGUUCAUGUAACAAUAUUGUUAGCAGAAAUCGAUUAUUAGCAGCAAAUGUGUAUAUUGAUGAUGUUAGAUGUCGUACCCCAGCCCAUUUAAAAGGUCGAUCUUGGCUAGAACUGAAAACAAAAGACAUUUGUAAAGUCUCUAAACCAGACUUUAUGGAUAUGAUGAUGGGAGAUGAACCGAUUGAUGCUGUGCGAAUAGGUGAAGAAAGCACUGCCUUAAAAUCCAUGCCUUUAAUAGCUGGUAGUGAUUUAGAAGAUGGUAAAGUAGUUCAUGGUGCUGAUUUAGGAGAAGAUGAUGAUAGUUUACAAUUUAUGAAAGUUGGACACUUUUUAUCAUCCUCGCCAAAUGAAAUAGAAGGAUCAGGCGAAGGCGAAAAAGAUAAAAUAAAUGACAGCAAUUUCGAAAAAUCUGUCCCGAAUAUUAACACAAACGAUGAUUUGAUUGAAGGUUCGGGUGAAGGAUCUGGUUUCUCUGGCUCUCUUAAUCUCGAUUUUAAAGAUCAAACAGAAAGUAUUCCAGAGACAACUACUUCUUUAAUCGACGAACUAAGCAACGACUCAGUACAUAAAAUAUUACAUUCUGAAGAAUUAUUAGCUGCGCACAAUAUUCACUCUCAUGAUGAUGCAACAGAAGGUUCUGGUGAAGAAGGGUCUGGUUUCUUUCCUCUUGAUUACGAUGAUCAUACACAAAAUGCUAUAGAAACAACUACUGCUAUAAUCGAAGAUUUAAGCCCUGAUCCAGUCCAUAGAAUAUUUAAAGAUGACGAAGAGACAAAGUCCACAGAAUUUGAGUUUCCAGUACCGGAACCUCCUUCUGUAUAUAAAGGUGGACCAGAUUGGCAUAGCAAACCAGACCCUGAAGUAGUAACAGAAGUCGCUUCCCCUGCAUCCGUAACUAGAGAUACUACAGUCUCCGAACAAAUACGGGUUACGCAGGCCUCUGAAGUUCUUGGUCAAGCUCCACCCGGUGAAGAAAAUGUAGUUACGCAUAAAACCGGUACAUAUGUGUGCAUCGCUUUGAUAGUUGUUUUAUUAGUGGGCUUAAUUGGAUUUGCAAUUACAAAAGGACAGAUGAGAAAAAGAAGAGAUCGAAGACUCCUGAGGCAACAAAAAAGAGACGUGGAAAAGGCUUCAAAAGAGAUGGUAGAUAUGAAUAAAUCUUUAUUAGGCAAACCAGCUGCUGUAGAAAAUUCUGCGGAAAGAAAAGUUAAUGGAAAAUAUGAACUUGUCCCUACACAUGAGUCACAUCAGAAAAAAGGAGAAAAUGGUGAUGUCACAAAGGGCACAAAACAUGAAGCAGAGAGAACUGAUAGUCCGCAUGAUACAAAUCAAAACAAAAGCAGUUCAGUAGAUAAUAAUUUAACACAUCAAAACCAAGUGCCACAGCAAGAAACUUCAUUUGAUUCUGAACCAGGUAUUACUAGUUCUCGCAAAGAUACCAACUCUUUGUCGAGUGAAGAUAUUUUUGUCCCUGCAAAUGAUGAUGAAAAUCUUAGACCAAAUAGUAACUUAGAUUUAGAUGUAUCUCAACCACUAAUAAAUGGAGAUCCUAUUGUCGAUUCAGAUUACUUGUCGCCAUCCCGUGAAUAUGUACCUGUAUAUUCACCCGAUAUGGGUCGAGUGCGAAUUAAAAUGACGGAAACACCUAAACCGAAAACACCAGUGCUAGUCACCAGAAGUAGGUCUAAUGCUGGAGACAUAAUUAUUACUCCAGCAACAGAUGGUAAUGCGUCAAAGUCAACUACUUGAAAUUUAGUUUUAUUAAACAGACUAAGAACAAUUUUUGUCUAUCAGUGUCACUAAUUAGCAAGCACUUCACAAUUGGCGAAAUUCUGUGAUUAUUCAGAGUUGGAAUUUGUGUGGGAAGUGGGAUACAUACAAGUAGAAGUGAGGACUCUGUAUACGAGUUGUGUGAGGAUAUUGACUGUAUUAAGUACUGCCAAAGUGUGUUUGUAGUCGACAGUGCCUUUAUUGUAACUGUUUAGUGGUUUAGAUAUAUUUAUGAGAGCAUAUUGCGCGAUAAAUAGAAAUAUUUUUAUACAUGUAAAAUGUUGCCAUGUUCAUUAUAUAUAUAGAUGUAAAAACUGUUUUAAUUAUUAUGAAAAUCAACUUGUUGAAUUAGUUUGUUGGUAACACAAUUUGUACAAUCUUGUAUUGUAUAACUUUCGGUUUCGGUACAAUUCUUGAGUUGUCAAUGGUUGUGUACUUACCUAUUUUAUCCCGAAUGUUUUAACGGCAAUGUUAAGCAACGAAUGGUUUAGCUGGUUGUAGUCUAUCAUCUUAUAAUUUCCUAUUUUAAGAGUAUGAAUUAAUUUUCGUACUUUUUGCAGUCUAAGCAUAAGUUCCUUAUGAGUAAUUUUAUUAAAUUAUUAGUUAUAUAAGAUUGUGAUACCAUUUAUUUUAAGUAACACAUGCUAUUAGGGUUUAUUACGUAUGCAGGAAAAUAAUUCAUUCAUUGUACAUUUUCUUUAGAUAAUUUUAUUUGAAAUUAUUUUACCUAAUUACUAAGAAUGUUUAAAUGCUGUAUCACUUUGCUUUUGCUGACAUGUUUUAAUUAUUUCUUUUUUAUUUAUCGACUUUUUAAAUUUUUAUUUGAAACCAGACUUUCUUCAAAGUUAUUAUGGAUCAAAAUAGAGAACAAUAAAAGUAUUUCAACGUAAAGAGAUUUAUAACUGAUGUAAUUUUAUUUUGAAUGAUAUAAAGCGUUAAUUGAAUCU